GAAAAAAACUUUAAUUUCAAAAUAAAAAAUGGCCACAAAAAUCAUCUUCAAUUCAAUCUUCUUCAAACACCCAAUUGUUCAUCCUCUGCAACAAGAGAGAGAAAGUAAAAAAAAAAUAAUUUUUUUUAAAUUAUAUAAAAAAAAUAGUGCAGAGAGAGAAAGUGGGUAUGCUUUUGAAUGAGGUUUAAGACAGUGUUUAGGUCUACCAACUGGUAGUUAGCUUCUUAAACCCCUUUGAAGCAAACAAAUAUAGUUAGAGAUAGAGAGAGAAAGUGUGUUACCAACAAACUAUAGCAACACCAACAACAUCAACAACUUCAAGCCUUCAAAGUUUGCACCUUUGGUUGUGGGUUUAACUCAAAACACAUUCUUGGUGAACUUUCUAGCAAAAUUUCUUACUCACACGUGCCAAUGGUGGAAUAUGAUUGAUGAAAAAAAAAAGUGAGAUAAGAUAAAAAAAAUCCCAUUUCUUUAAUAUUCAAAGAUAUAGAAGGUUGUAGUAUUACUUAACUAUUUUUUCUCUCUCUAUCUCUAUCUUUAUCUUAGCCACUCAUUAUUUUAUUUGAUUUGUAAAUUUUGAAACUUUUUUUUUUUUGUGAUAUAAUAGUUUGUUGGUUGUAACUUGUAAGUAUAUUAUUCUAAUUGGGUGUGUCAUUGUUUUGAUUGAAAAGGGUUUCUUGGGUGUUGAUUUAUGCAAAAUCUCUUGGGAUCAGUUUGUCUUUAGUGUAUAAGGUUUUCAUGCUUUUGUUCCCUUAUUAAGGCACAACAUCUUUUGAGGUUGAUUUACUGGUCCAAGAACUGAUCAUAUGACAUAUGAAGAUUUAUGCUGAUGUUCUACUGUUGGAAUUGUUCUUCUGUAUCAGUACAACUUUUUGAGAAAAAGUGAGAAAUCAAAUGGCCACUUAUUACCCAACUUCAAGUGCUCAACUUGAUGUCCUGUCAUCUCCUUAUGUUAGGGACCAAAAAUUUACAUCAUACUCUGGCUCACCUCUUCUCCAUGGCAACAUGAUGAUGUACCUUACAUCGAAUUCUUCACCUGGGUCUUUCUCAGAGAUUUCUCCAGGUUCUUCAAUGAAUCCCCAAAAUGGUGUUGAGAUUCCUUCAUCCAUUAAUGGCAGAAAUGAGAUGAUGUUCAUUCCACCUACAGGUGAUUCAAUGUGUAUGCAAUCCAUGGGUGGGCCCCUUAACUCAGGACCGGGUGAAAACAUCGGUGGUUCUGUGCCGGGGGAGCUUCAAUUGACCUCUAGGAGUCAAAUGAAUAUGGUGGAUGGUGAGCAGAAUCUGCAAGGGUUAUCGCUUAGCUUAAGCACACAGAUGUCAACUGCGGUUUCUUCAUCGCCGUUUCAGUACCAAUACUCCAAUCCUGGACUCUCCUCUGUCCUAAGUCCUCAUCUUCCAUUAUCUGCUGAGAAUAAUGUUAGGUCAAUGUCUUGUAAAAUUGAUGAGGCUUCCCCAAACAAGGAUAUGAGGAAUACUGAAUAUUUUGGAUAUGAAAUGCAAGGAGAGGGACAUAAUAGUAAUACUAUUAGAUUUGGGGCACUGAACAAUCCACAAUACUCAAUGAACCCAAAAGCAAUGAAUUGUAAUUCAUAUCAGUAUGAGCAGGCUGGAAUGGCUGCUACUACACUUGUGAAGUCUAAGUACUUAAAGGCAACACAACUGUUGUUGGAUGAAGUAGUUAAUGUUCGGGAAGCUCUUAAGCGAUCUGAUUCUGGAAAAGAUCAAAACCCGAGUAAGGUGGAUGGAGGUUCCAAGGAGUCUAAAGGCGGAUCACAAACUGCCUCAGAAGCUAAUGAGUCUGGCUCUGCACCGGAAAUAUCUCCUGCAGAGAGACAAGAACUGCAGAACAAGUUGGAUAAGCUUCAUUCCAUGUUGGACGAGGUAGACAGAAGAUACAAACAAUAUUGUCAGCAAAUGCAAAUCCUGGUGUCAUCUUUUGAUGUGGUAGCCGGGGUUGGGGCAGCUAAACCUUACACAGCACUGGCCCUUAAAACAAUUUCUCGUCAUUUCCGAUGCUUACGUGAUGCCAUAGCCAGCCAGAUUCAAGCAACCCGGAAAAGCCUUGGGGAGCAAGACAAUGGUCUUGGAGGAGUGAUUCCUCGUCUUCGCUAUGUAGAUCAACAACUCAGACAACAGAGAGCACUUCAGCAAUUUGGUAUGAUGCGCCACGCUUGGAGGCCUCAGAGAGGACUUCCUGAAAAUGCUGUUACUAUUCUUCGUGCUUGGCUUUUCGAGCACUUUCUUCAUCCAUACCCAAAGGAUUCAGAGAAGAUUAUGCUGGCUAGACAGACAGGAUUGACUAGAAGUCAGGUUGCAAACUGGUUUAUCAAUGCACGUGUACGUCUUUGGAAGCCAAUGGUGGAGGAAAUGUACAAAGAAGAAUUUGGAGAAGCAGAUCUGCUAAACUCAAGAUCUUCACCGGAAAACACACCCAAAUUGACAAGGGAGAAAUCUUGGGGAUCCGAAGAUAGGAGAGAAGAAAUGCAGGAAAGCUCCACAUCCAUAGCCUAUGAUGCUCAUGAUUCAAAGAUCAAUGUGAGCCAAAGUGGUGUCCCUCUUGGAAACAACAAUGACAACCAUGGUUUUUUUAGUAAUAAUGGGACUCUUUCCUCUCCUGAUCCAAAUGGUGGAGGACAUGGGCAUGGGCAUGGACAUGGACAUGGACAUCCACAUCAUCUCAUGGUUAAUCCUGGUGCAUACCAAAUGUCUGAGUUGGGAAACUUUAGUGUAGACAAUCAAGUGUCUCUUGCCUUAGGAUUGCGGCAUCGUGAAGGCGAUGUUACAUUCCGAGGUAACACAACUACAGAAGCUAGUAUGGCAGUCGCCAAUUCGGAGUAUAAUCCUUACCUUGAGCAAGUAAACCAGCAACAUAGGUUUGGUAACCCAUCACACAUUCUUAAUGAUUUUGUAGCCUGAAUAAAAAUGAUAGUCCUUUCUAUGCAUAAUACUCUUUAUAUGAAUAAACUGGGGUUAGACCAUAUACUAAACCUUAGAAAUAGCAACAAUACCUGCAUUUUUCUUUAUCUCCUGCUGUUUCUUAUGAAGCUGUCUGUGCAAUUGUGAAAUUCAAGCAGGCUGCAGUAGUGGGAAAUCAGGCAUGGAGUUAUGUAAAUUUUCAUUUGGAUAUAUCAUAUAUAUAUUGUUGUAGAUUUUUCCCAGAUGUAAUAUGUAAUAUAGAUACUGGGUUGAAGAGAUAGCAUAUAUUUGUACAAGAUAGGAUUAUUCUUCAUGUAA